UCUUGCAAUCUAAGCCUGGCCUUAGGUUAUUAUAACACCCAAAACCCACUUCAAAAAAACAAGACUUGACCUCUCUCUUGUGGCAAAACACAAAUAUUAUGACCUCCGUCUGCAUAUCCAACUGUGUCAACGAUGCUCGUGACCCGCGCAUCCCGGUUCGAGCUACAUACGUGAACCUCUACAAGUGGCCGGAGUCGGAUGCGGAGUUUGUCCGGUCAGUGAGCCGGAAUGGAUCGAGAAUAGAGGCCGGAACGAGGGUGGUGGACAGUAUCUCCUGCAGGCAGAUGUAUCUUAGGAGCUACACCUUUUCGAGAAAAGAAACUGUUCCGGAGAAGACGAAGAAGUGUUUUGGCAGAGUGAGGGAGAAGGUGUCCUCUCAUGGAGUUACUGGGAGGAGAUCGAAAGAGAAAGUUAUGAUGGGUAAGGGUAAAAGAAAGUGUUUGGUUCUGAGGAAAGUGAAGGAAGUUUCUUGCUCUGCUUUGAUUAGGUUUUUCCACAGGUUGUUGUCUUGUGCUGCUAGUGUAGAUGUUGUGGAUCAAAAAGAUGUUGGUUUCUGUUAAUUUCAUCUCAUAUUAUUCAAACUGAAAAGAAAAACAAAAUGGGGAUGAUCAUAUUUUUUUGUUUUUGUUUCUUUGAUAUAAUAUAUAUAUAUAUAUAUGUAUGGUUUUAACUUUUAAAAGAGAUCAUGGU